AUGUCACAAGGACUAGAUCAAGCACUGGACCAAGCUGGUAAAACAAACUCACCUUUAUCUCAACUACGACUAUCGUUUAUUGACUCAAGUGUCAAGCCAUCCACCAAAAGACCGAAGAAAUCUUCAUCUAAAUCUCUCCAGCCUAAGCCACUCCAUUCUAAUGGCUCUCGAAACAAUGGAGUCAAGGGAUAUAACACUAGUGUCAACCUUGAUCUGUUUGUACAAAAUUCUUUAGACACUUCGACUGAUGAAACCCUUUUACAAAGCAAGGCCCAAGAUGUGUUCCCAAAGGUAAUAUCCAAGGACGACGUGAGAAAAGCGGGUGCUCUUGCUUCACUUUUCCUAGAUACGAGAAAUAUUCUACAAGCAGAAUGUAAUGUGGUUGAUCCGGCACCUAACUUGGACCCGAAUCCACUACAUCAUGAUACCCCUUUCGAAGAAACUAAAAUCAGUCGUAGUACAUUUAUCCGUGCUGAAAAAGUCAAGUCAAUGUUGGGUGUAAAAUACCUCCAUAUACAACGAAUUUAUGAUUGGCAAGAAGCAAAUGGUGAUCAUAAUAGGCACCCUGGAGUAGAAGGGGUAUACAAUCCGCUUCAAAUCUUGAGAAAUAGGAAAAUCAGAGCAAAGUAUCAUGAAUACCCUAAACCACUACAUUUGAAAACAAUACCACUUGCAUGUAAUGUAUUCAGUAGACACAACCAACCAGGUCACCGGCAUCACCUCAAAAAGGAUUGGAAAAUGUUAUGGGCAAUUGAAUUGGAAGAAUAUAUUGGUGAUGCUAGAUGGAGAGUUCAUCAUUGGAAUGAAUUGAGGGAUCCACAUGGGAAUUAUUGGUUUCCUGAUGAUGCUUCUGACAGUGGUGUUGUUCAUCAUAGGAAGAAACAUAGAUUUAGGCAAAGACUACACGAUAGAUUAUUUGAAUUAUCUGAUGAUGAAAUAAGGCACAGCAAGCCGGAAAUUGAAACAAAAGAAAACAAGUCACAACAUAGAGUACUGAAAUUUUCACUUGAAACAUCAACUAGUUCAGAGAGCGAUGCUCAACAUUCUAAAUUAUCAGGAGAAGAACAUCCCCAUCACCACAAACAUAGAUUCAGAACAAGAGUUAAACGGUUUUAUCGUGGAGAUUCGUCGUCAUCGAACUUAUUAAAACAACUCACUACUUCGGAUGAUAAACUAGCUAAUGGUCUGGCUGGAUCGGAACAAUCGGAAAACGGGUUAAAACAGGCACGUAGUACCUCCGACACCAAUGGAUCACAUGAGGAUAAACAACACAACAUACCAUUAAUUCUAGAACCAGAAGAAGAGACACGGUUGAGUGAUUCAAAGAGUCAAGCAGUACCUCCAACAAUCCGCAUUGAAGAAAGCACACCAGAUCCUAUUACUCAGUCCAAAUUACAAAAUGUUGAGAUACACCCCACACAACGGGUCUCAAAUGACGCUUUGCCUGUAAGUUCCACGACAAAUGACAAUGAUGACAAGUUGUCAAAAGUGGAAAAAGUUGAAUCUAGUACGGUAAAUGAUCGACAAGAACAAAAUUUGAUGAAAGUAAUCAGUUGUUUAAGCUACUUACGACAAUCAUGUAUCACUCGCAUGCAAUACUUGUUAUCAAUAUACCCCAACUAUUUACAAUUGGUGCAGAAUAAAGUUGAUCACAUCAAGUCUGGCUCGAUUGAUGACGUUUUGCAAUUGAUGUCACACAUUACUGAUGAAAGUUUACCUGCUUUUGAAGAUCUACAGCGAGGCUGUCUUGACGAAAGUAAAUCAAUUCUUCACAUGGUUAACAACAAUUAUUCCAUCAAAAUUGAUACGUUGCUAAGCGCAGGAGAUCGAUCAAUUUCAGAAAUCAAUGCAUCAUUAUCGUUAGAUUUACGGAAAACUACUGAACGGUUAGAUUCAUUAGAGCAAUCAUUAUUAAAAACUAGCUUUAAUAGUGUUAGAUUGAAACAGGACUUGACUAGUGAUGCUACGAUGAAUUAUAGAAUCAUUUAUUUAAUUCUUGAAAAUAUAAUUGUGGGAUUAUUGAAGUUGGUUUGGGUUUUGGUUAAUAUUUAUAAAGUUUUGACGUGGUUUGUUAUGCUUAUUUGGAAAUUAAUACGAAUAUUUAUUUAG